UCAAAAACUUUUCUGACCAUAAGUUGAUAAAUGUAAUUUUUUUUUUUUUUAUCAAUAAUAAUUAUUUAAAAAAUGACAAGUAAUUAGGUUAAUGGUGAAUAGAAAAAAAUUUAUUUAUUUUUUUAUAAAUUUAUCAACAAUAUCUGCAACAUUAUGGACCAUAAAAAUAUUUCAAGUAUUAAUAAAUAAUAUUUUGAAUUCUCAAGUUAUGGAUGAAAAUAUAGUUAAUGUAGUACUAAAGGAAGAACCGAUUGAUCGUUUUACAUCCCAGUAUAUGGAUGAAAUAUGCACUGGACCAUUUGAUAAAGUAUUUCUACCGAUAGAGAGUCAAGAAGUCGUCGAUUUUACUGAUGAAAUGGUAAAAGUCGGUUUAGAAAAUCAAAAUCACAAUUGGGUCGGACAAAUAACAACAACAAAUUCAAAUUCUCUGUACGAUCGCACAUCGAUUCGCCCACAUUUUAUGCACUUGGACGAGAAUCCUGAAGAACAAGAUUCGGAAAAAUUAAAAAAUUCAAAGGCUAAACACGAGGAUGAUCCACUAGUUAGAUCACAAACGCCAAAAUUUUACAAAGUUCAAUGUACACUUUGCAAAAAAUGGUUCCUCAACAACGACUCAAUGAUAAAUCAUUUGCGUAACCAUUGCACCUCCUCUACCACCUUAUAUUCAUCUUCAUCCUCAUCCUCAUCAGCAGGUAAACAUUACUGUCUUUCAUGCCAACAAUUAUUUUCCGAUGACUUAACUUAUCAAGCGCAUAUUCAGUCUCACAUAAACACUGAAAAAAAUAAAGAUGAUUCUUCAAAUUCUUCAUACUCGGAAGAUAAUAAAUCAAAAAUUAAAAACAUUGAAAAAUUACCAGACAAAUCUUUAAAAUGUGAUAUUUGUAAUAUUAAUUAUAAAGAUAAAUCGAGUUUAAAUGUUCAUAUCGCAACUCAUGUUAGUAAUAAUAAUAAUAACAAUAAUAAUAAUAGUAAUAAUAAUAAUAAUGUAGAUAAAUUAUUUAAAUGUCAGUUGUGUCUUCGUAAAUUUGGCGUGAAAACAGCAUUAAGUAAUCACAUGCUGUCACACAGUGGUGAGAAACCCCAUGCAUGUAGUAUCUGUGAAAAAAGCUAUAAAAGAAAAUCAGAAUUAGUACGUCAUUCAAUGGUACACACUGGUGAACGUCCUUAUGAAUGUAAAGAAUGUUUGAUGACAUUUCGUGAAAAAGCUAAAUUAAAUUCUCAUAUGUUGGUACAUACAGGUGAAAAACCAUUUGAAUGUCACAUUUGUCACAAAGCCUGUGCAAGAAAAUCCGAUUUAAAUAGUCACAUGUUGUCACACACUGGUGGCCAAUAUGACUGCAAAGUGUGUGAUAAAAUAUUUACACGUAAAUCAGAUCUCAAUCGGCAUGUACUGAUUCAUACGGGCGAAAAACCUUUUGCAUGUGAUAUGUGUGAUAUGGCAUUUCGUGAAAAAACACGAUUAAAUUCACACAUGCUUGUACACACUGAUGAUAAAAAACACAAUUGUCACAUUUGCGGCAAAGGAUUCAAAAAAAAAGCCAGCUUAAAAAAACAUUUGAUAAUACACAUGGGUGAUAAACAUUAUGAGUGUUGGAUCUGUAAAAAGGCUUUUAUUGAAAAAACUACACUUAAUUUACAUAUUUUAGUACAUGAAACCGAUAAAUUAUACGAGUGUGCCAAUUGUCCGACAAGUUUUAAGAGUGAAGGAGCAUUGAAGAGACACUGGGUAGUACACACUAAAGAUGAUGAUGAUGAUGAAGAACAAGAAGAAGAGGAUGAAGAGGAUGUUCAAGACCAAGUUUAUACGUAGCAAAAGAUUUAAAUAUUUAUAUUUCGUUGUUAAUUUUGUUUAAAAAAUUUAUUUAUGUUUACUUUUUUCUUUUU